AUGCUGAAGAUGCUCUCCUUCAAGCUGCUGCUGCUGGCCAUGGCUCUGGGCUUCUUUGAAGGAGAUGCUAAGUUUGGGGAAAUAAGCGAAGGGAGCGGAGCGAGGAGGAGAAGGUGCCUGAAUGGGAACCCCCCGAGGCGCCUGAAAAGGAGAGACAGGCGGAUGAUGCCCCAGCUGGAUCUGCUGAGUGGGGGAGAGAUGCUGUGUGGUGCCUUCUAUCCUCGGCUGUCCUGCUGCCUGCGGAGUGACAGCCCGGGGCUGGGGCGCGUGGAUAACAAGAUAUUUUCUGUUACCAACAACACAGAAUGCGGGAAGUUACUGGAAGAAGUCAAAUGUGCACAUUGCUCUCCACAUUCUCAGAGCCUGUUCCACUCACCUGAGAGAGAAGUCUUGGAAAGAGACCUAGUACUUCCCCUGCUCUGCAAAGACUAUUGCAAAGAAUUUUUUUAUACUUGCCGAGGCCACAUCCCAGGUUUCCUUCAAACUACUGCGGAUGAGUUUUGCUUUUACUAUGCAAGAAAAGAUGGUGGGUUGUGCUUUCCAGAUUUCCCAAGAAAACAAGUCAGAGGACCAGCAUCUAAUUACUUGGACCAGAUGGAAGAAUAUGACAAAGCGGAAGAGAUCAGCAGAAAACACAAACACAACUGCUUCUGCAUUCAGGAGGUUGUGAGCGGGCUGCGGCAGCCUGUCGGCGCCUUGCAUAGUGGGGAUGGGUCGCACCGUCUCUUCAUUCUGGAAAAAGAAGGCUAUGUGAAGAUACUUACCCCUGAAGGAGAAAUUUUCAAGGAGCCUUAUUUGGACAUUCACAAACUUGUUCAAAGUGGAAUAAAGGGAGGAGAUGAAAGAGGCCUGUUAAGCCUUGCAUUCCAUCCCAAUUACAAGAAAAAUGGAAAGCUGUAUGUGUCUUAUACCACCAACCAAGAACGGUGGGCCAUCGGGCCUCAUGACCACAUUCUUAGGGUCGUCGAAUACACAGUAUCCAGGAAAAACCCACAUCAGGUUGAUCUGAGAACAGCCAGAGUGUUUCUUGAAGUCGCCGAGCUCCACCGAAAGCACCUAGGAGGACAACUGCUGUUUGGCCCCGAUGGCUUUUUGUACAUCAUUCUGGGAGAUGGAAUGAUCACACUGGACGAUAUGGAAGAAAUGGAUGGGUUAAGUGACUUCACGGGCUCAGUGCUACGGCUGGAUGUGGACACAGACAUGUGCAGUGUGCCUUAUUCCAUACCAAGGAGCAACCCGCACUUCAACAGCACCAACCAGCCCCCCGAAGUGUUUGCCCAUGGGCUCCACGAUCCAGGCAGAUGUGCAGUGGAUCGUCAUCCCACAGAUAUAAACAUCAAUUUAACAAUACUUUGUUCAGACUCCAAUGGAAAGAACAGAUCAUCAGCCAGAAUCCUACAGAUAAUAAAGGGGAAAGAUUAUGAAAGUGAGCCAUCACUUUUAGAAUUCAAGCCAUUCAGUAAUGGUCCUUUGGUUGGUGGAUUUGUUUACCGAGGGUGCCAGUCUGAGAGACUGUACGGAAGCUACGUGUUUGCGGACCGUAAUGGGAAUUUCUUAACUAUCCAGCAAAGUCCGGUGACCAAGCAAUGGCAGGAAAAACCACUCUGUCUUGGCAACGGUGGUUCCUGUAGAGGCUACUUUUCCGGUCACAUUUUGGGAUUUGGAGAGGAUGAAUUAGGUGAAGUUUACAUUUUAUCAAGUAGUAAAAGUAUGACCCAGACUCACAAUGGAAAACUCUACAAAAUUGUAGAUCCCAAGAGACCUUUAAUGCCGGAGGAAUGCCGAGCCACAGUUCAUUCUGCGCAGAUGCUGACGUCCGAGUGCUCCCGGCUCUGUCGGAACGGCUACUGCACCCCCACGGGAAAGUGCUGCUGCAGCCCAGGCUGGGAGGGGGACUUCUGCAGAAUCGCAAAAUGUGAGCCUGCCUGUCGUCACGGAGGUGUCUGCGUUAGGCCAAACAAGUGCCUCUGUAAAAAAGGAUAUCUUGGCCCUCAGUGUGAACAAGUGGACAGAAGCAUCCGCAGAGUGACCAGGGCAGGUAUUCUUGAUCAGAUCAUUGACAUGACAUCUUAUUUGCUGGAUCUAACAAGUUACAUUGUAUAGUUUCUGGAACUGUUUGAAUAUUCCUUUCCAGUGGGCAUUUCUUUUUGAUCCUGUUCAUUAAAAGAAAGACUGUUAUCCUGCCACACACU